AUUUAUACAGUGGGCGUUACAACCCGAACUGUGAAUGGAGAAUCUGAGGUGAUAAUUGGAAAUAAAUUACACUGUAACAUGCCAAUUAAGUUUCUAAAAAUGUCUGUAUGCUUUGAUGAACCGUUAAAAAUAGAGGUCAUGCUAGCUAAUGCCUAUCUUCUGGGCAAUUUGAAUGUAAAAGCUAGCUAAAAAUUUUAUUUUCUUAAUUCUUUGUAGCCUUAAAUCUGAUAUGUUUGGUACUAAGUGCGUGUCAUUUUCAUUUAAAGCUAGGAAUGGGCUUUUGUUCAUAAUAUUAUAGUUCUGCUGGGAGAGUUUUAGCAUAUGUAUAAAUCUGAUCUUCCAAAUCUUCUGUAUGUUAUUUUUUCUUUAAGGGGAGAGGUUUGCGUUAUGGCUGAUAUGAAAUAAAUUGUUAUUCAUGUACACUGCAAAUCUGAAUACAAAUGUUAUCACACUCUUUUUUUGUUUUGUUUUGUUUUUUUUUUUACUAAAAGUACAAAAAUAAUACAUUUUUUGCCACAGGAAAAUGAAGAUAGCUAUGUUACUACUCGGGUACAGUAGAGAGAGGAAUACAAAGAUUUAAGUAUUUUCUUAUAGAACUUGCAAAAAAUACCUUUUGUUUAUUUAAGGAUCUUAAGUAUUAAAGUUUUUAUUUUUUUGUUUUUGCUUUUUUUUAAAUAUAGGAACGUAAUUCAUAGCAAAGAGAGAAAUUUUAGUCACAUAUCCAUAACAGUAAAUGUUACAGGAACAUUUUUCCUCUGAUCAGCAAGGGAUACAAUGUACUUGUUGCCUGUUUUCUAGAUGAUGCAGUGCUUGAAGCUGGGAGCUCUGUCUCGAACCACUGCCAGCACUCAGAUGAACGUUCAGAGCUCGCGCUCACACGCGAUCUUCACUAUACACUUGUGUCAGACCAGGGUCUGCCCCGCAUUUAACGCUGAUAAUGCCACUGAUAACAGGAUGAUAUCUGAAUCUUCCGAGAUGAAUGAAUAUGAAACUCUUACUGCCAAGUUUCAUUUUGUUGAUCUGGCGGGAUCUGAAAGGUUAAAGCGAACGGGAGCUACAGGAGAAAGGGCAAAAGAAGGCAUUUCCAUCAACUGUGGACUACUGGCACUUGGCAAUGUAAUAAGUGCACUGGGAGAUAAAAGUAAAAAGGCAACUCAUGUACCAUACAGAGAUUCAAAGCUUACAAGGCUACUUCAAGACUCUCUUGGGGGAAACAGUCAAACACUCAUGAUAGCAUGUGUGAGCCCUUCAGAUCGAGACUUCAUGGAGACUUUGAACACAUUAAAGUAUGCCAAUCGGGCACGGAACAUCAAGAACAAGGUGAUGGUUAAUCAGGAUAGGGCCAGUCAACAAAUAAAUGCUUUGCGCAGUGAGAUUGCACGGCUGCAGAUGGAACUCAUGGAAUACAAAACUGGUAAAAGGAUUAUAGAUGAAGAAGGUGUUGAAAGCAUCAAUGACAUGUUCCAUGAAAAUGCAAUGCUGCAAACAGAAAACAACAACCUGCGUGUUAGGAUUAAAGCAAUGCAAGAGACUAUCGAUGCUCUCAGAGCCAGAAUAACACAACUUAUGAGUGAUCAGGCCAACCAAGUGCUAGCCAGGACAGGGGAAGGAAAUGAAGAAAUUAGCAACAUGAUUCAUAAUUAUAUCAAGGAAAUUGAAGAUCUCAGAGCAAAAUUAUUAGAAAGUGAAGCAGUGAAUGAAAAUCUUCGACGCAACUUGUCAAGAGCUUCAUCGAGAGCCACGUUCUUUGGUGGACCAUCAGCAUUUUCUGCUUCUAUGCUUUCCUCAGAGAAAGAGACAAUGGAGAUUCUAGAUAUAGCCAAGAAAGAUCUAGAAAAGCUGAAAAAAAAAGAAAGGAAAAAGAAAAAGAGGCUACAGAAACUUGAGGAAAGCAGUCAAGAAGAAAGAAGUGUUAAAGAGGAUAACACAGACAAUGAGCAGGAGAAGAGAGAUGAAAAAGGCACUUCAGAGAGAGAGAAUAAUGAAUUGGAAGGAGAAGAAAUUCAGGAAGUCAGUGAUCAUGAUGAUGAAGAAGAAGAAGAUGAUGAGGAUGAAGAUGAUAUGGAAGUUGUUGAAAGCUCAGAUGAAUCAGAUUCUGACUCUGAUGAAAAAGAAAAUUAUCAGGCUGACUUGGCAAAUAUCACCUGUGAAAUAGCCAUUAAGCAGAAACUGAUAGAUGAGCUAGAAAACAGCCAGCGAAGGUUGCAAACACUGAAAAAACAGUAUGAAGAGAAACUAAUGAUGCUACAACAUAAAAUUCGAGACACUCAGCUUGAAAGAGAUCAGGUCCUUCAAAACUUGGGUUCUGUAGAGACCUAUUCAGAAGAAAAGGCAAAAAAAAUCAAGUCAGAAUAUGAAAAGAAACUCCAAGCCAUGAAUAAAGAACUGCAGAGACUUCAAACAGCACAAAAGGAACAUGCUCGAUUGCUUAAAAAUCAGUCUCAGUAUGAAAAGCAGCUGAAGAAACUGCAGCAGGAGGUGACAGAGAUGAAGAAAACCAAGGUUCGCUUGAUGAAACAAAUGAAAGAAGAGCAGGAGAAAGCUAGGAUGACUGAAUCUAGAAGAAAUAGAGAGAUUGCACAGCUUAAAAAGGAGCAACGCAAACGAGAGCAUCAGCUCAAGCUUCUGGAAGCUCAGAAAAGAAACCAAGAGGUUAUCCUACGUCGCAAAACUGAAGAGGUCACAGCCCUUCGUCGGCAGGUAAGGCCUCUGUCUGAUAAAGUGGCAGGAAAAGUGAGCAGAAAGCUGAGCCUGCCUGAGCAUUCCAUGCAGGAAGCAAGUUCUAGUUUGUCAGGUGAGCAUGAUGGCUCCAGAACAGCAGCACAGCAGAAGAUGAGAAUUCCUGUUGCAAGGGUUCAAGCAUUAUCUGUAACUGCAACAAAUGGAGCAGGGAAGAAGUACCCGAGGAAAGCAGUGACAAGCAGAAUCUACUCCUCAAAGGCAGCCAGGAUGAAGUGGCAGUUACUGGAACGCAGAGUGACUGAUAUUAUUAUGCAGAGGAUGACUAUUUCCAAUAUGGAGGCAGACAUGAACAGGUUGCUUACGCAACGUGAAGAACUCACCAAAAGAAGAGAUAAGCUUUCAAAGAAAAGGGAGAAGCUCAUCAAGGGUGGGAGUGGUAGUGAAGCAGACAGAAAUGUCCAAAACAUAAAUGAGGAGAUGGAAUCAGUAACUGCAAAUAUAGACUACAUUAACGACAGCAUUUCUGACUGCCAAGCAAACAUUAUGCAAAUGGAAGAAGCAAAGGAAGAAGGAGAGACCUUGGAUGUAACAGCAGUGAUUAAUGCUUGCACUUUGACAGAAGCUCGAUAUUUGCUUGAUCACUUCCUUAUGAUGGGUAUCAAUAAGGGUCUCCAAGCAGCUCAGAAAGAAGCUCAGAUCAAAGUUCUUGAGGGACGCCUUAAGCAGACAGAAAUUACUAGUGCUACUCAAAACCAAUUGCUGUUUCAUAUGCUGAAAGAAAAAGCUGAAUUAAAUCCUGAACUUGAUGCUUUUCUGGGUCAUGCUUUGCAAGACCUAGAUAGCAUACCACUGGAAAAUUUGGAAGAUAGUACUGAUGAGGAUGCCCCAUUGCAUAGUCCUGGAAUGGAAGGAAGUUCAUUAUCUUCAGAUCUCCUGAAGCUUUGUGGUGAAGUCAAACCCAAAAGCAAGGCCCGAAGGAGGACCACCACCCAGAUGGAAUUGCUGUAUGCAGCCAGCAGUGACCUGGUCUCUGACAGCAGUGCUGCAGACUCUGCCUCUGGCUCUAUCACAUCAGUUGCAGAAACCCAAGAAAGUGGGGUGGCUGCUGACACACAUGAUACUUCUGCUAGGGACAGAGAGUUUAUACCCCCACCAUCUGGCUUACCUUCUAAGAUAGGCAGCAUCUCGAGACAACCAUCUCUUCCAGAGAAGAAGAUACCUGAGCCUUCACCUUUAGCAAAGAGAAAAGCCUAUGAGAAAACUAUGGAAAAGACAAAGACAAAAGAACAAAAACUGUCUGAUGAAAGUGAUUCCUCUCUGUCGGAGGUACAAAGGGGGAUAAUUAACCCAUUUCCUGUUUCAAAAUGCAUCAGAUCAUCCCCGCUUCAGUGUAUCUAUACAGCUGAGGGACAUACCAAGGCUGUGCUUUGUGUUGAUGCAACUGAUGAUCUUCUCUUCACUGGAUCUAAAGAUCGUACCUGUAAAGUCUGGAACCUGGUAACUGGACAAGAGAUUAUGUCUUUAGGGGGUCAUCCAAAUAAUGUAGUUUCUAUUAAAUAUUGCAACUACACUAGCCUGGUCUUCACAGUUUCAACCUCCUAUAUCAAGGUGUGGGAUAUCAGAGAUUCUGCAAAGUGCAUUCGGACAUUGACGUCUUCAGGCCAAGCUAUGCCUGCUGAUGUGUGUUCAGGAAGUACUAACAGAACAGUUGCUAUCCCAGCUGGAGAGAACCAGAUCAAUCAAAUUGCACUAAAUCCAACUGGCACAUUCCUCUAUGCAGCUGCUGGAAACUCUGUGAGGAUGUGGGACCUGAAAAGAUUUCAGUCUACAGGAAAGCUGACUGGUCACCAGGGUCCUGUUAUGUGCCUUACUGUUGAUCAAAUUUCCAAUGGACAAGAUCUUAUUGUCACUGGUUCAAAGGAUCAUUAUAUAAAGAUGUUUGAUGUGACUGAAGGGGCUCUUGGAAGCGUAAGUCCUACACACAAUUUUGAACCUCCUCAUUAUGAUGGCAUUGAAGCGCUUGCUAUUAUGGGAGAUAACCUUUUUAGUGGAUCAAGAGAUAAUGGAAUUAAGAAAUGGGAUUUGUCUCAAAAAGACCUUCUUCAGCAAGUUCCUAAUGCUCAUAAGGACUGGGUUUGUGCUCUUGGCCUGGUGCCUGGUGUGCCAGUUCUGCUCAGUGGCUGCAGGGGAGGCACCCUCAAGCUCUGGAACGUGGAUACCUUCGCACUCAUUGGGGAGAUGAAGGGACAUGACAGCCCUAUAAAUGCCAUCUGCACCAACUCCAGCCAGAUUUUUACAGCAGCAGAUGAUCGCACUGUGAGGAUCUGGAAAGCUCGAAAUAUAAUGGAUGGACAGAUCUCAGAUACAGGAGAUGCAAGUGAAGAUCUUGCCAGUAAUUGAAAUUAUGGGAGAUAAAGGAAUAUAUUGAUCAAUUGGAAGUGCACUCUAUUUGCUGCAUGUUUAUUAGUUAAACACUGAUGACUGGAAUGGACUGAAAAUGUGUGAACUCUUCCACUAGACCUGCUGUCCUUAAAAUAUGUACUGUAUUUAAUAACCUCUUGGUAACAUGCUUGAGUCUCAACAGUCAUGUGUAUCUCUAUAUAUAAUGGCUGAAUUUGUGUGUAAUACUUGCAGUUUAAACUAACUGGAAUUCUGUCUUCUCUAAAGACCAUCUCAAAAUUAUAACCUGAAAUAUAUAACAAAAGUGCUCUGCUGUAUUUCACUCACAAGUAUGAUCAGCUGUUUUGCAUUUUAGGGUAACAG